AGCACGAUUUUGGUUGACGCCUAGUGACAAAAUUACGUCUUUAUUUUCCUCUGUAUUAAAUAAAGUAAAACAUGAAGUAAUGGUUGUUGAACUGCAGCACAGAAUACUGAAGGCUCACACAUCUGUUUUUAUUUUGAAUAUUUUCCUUCCUGGAUUUUAUGUCAUUCGCUAAGAGUAUAUAAAAUGUGUUUAAAACUUGUAUCAGUUUUGUGUUUUUUAUAUUUUGUAUCGGGACAAAAGGAAAAUGAUUUGGAGCUUAAGAUGUCUAAUGUUUUGUAUCGACAUGGUGAUAGGUCUCCAGUUGCCACAUUUCCUAAAGAUGAACACAAAAGUUAUUGGAAACAGGGUCUUGGACAGCUAACUGAGAUUGGUAUGAAACAAGAAUUUCUGAUGGGUAAAUUUUUGAAGAAAAGAUAUUUACAAACUAUCUUGAAUCAAACUUACCUUAGAAAACAGGUCCACUGUCGAAGUUCAGAUAGGGAUAGAUGUUUGAUGAGUGCUGAAGCUCAAAUGGCUGGGCUCUACCCACCUUUAUACCUGAAUCCUCAACCAAAUAAGAAGGAAUGGCAAUUUUGGCAGUUGAUCCCAAUUCACACUGUGCCAAAAAAUCUGGAUAUGUUACUUCGUCCAUAUGAUUAUAACUGCCCUCGGUUGCAAGAAAUUAGUGAGAAAUCAUACCAUGAUCCCAAAUUUGUUGCAAUGGCAAAGAAGUACAAGGAUUUUAUGGGAAAUGUUAGCGCUAAACUUGGACUCUCGAAAUCACUCAACCUGACAACAAUAUACAAAGCUUACGACUCCCUGUUCUGUCAGAGAGCUCAUAACUUAUCUUGGCCAACGUGGGUGACACCUGAUGUCUUCAAUAAAUUGACAAUUCUUCAAUAUUUCGAUUUUGUUUGGAUGUUCAAUUCUCCGGAAAAGGCUAAAUUAACUGGAGGUAACUUACUUGGCGCAAUGGUAACAAACAUGAAGAAUUUUAGAAAAAAUCCGAAUCAAUCGAAAAAGUUGUAUGUAUAUUCAGCGCAUGAUACGACCGUUGUUGCUUUGUUAAGCGCUUUGAAAAUAUACUCUGGUAUUCCACCACCCUAUUCAACUGCGUUUCUGAUGGAGCUGUAUUAUAGCAGAAAAUCGUCCAAAUAUUUUGUUCGAAUGUUUUACCGAAAUGACACAUCUCAACCUGAUAAAGCUUAUGAACUCUUCAUUCCUGGUUGCCAAGUCAACAACUGUACUUUGGAUAAUUUUACGUCUCUCACGGCCUCUGCUGUUCCUGUGGACUUUGAAGCUGAGUGUCACACUGAAAGAUGCUCACAAAAGCUGAAAAAAGAUGACGGAGAUACCUGUGGCCUGAAAUCUUGUAAAGAUGCUCUCGCUGCUGUUCUUAUAAUCCUGUUGCUGGUGUUUAUUGCUUUCGUGGGGUACGUCGUGCGGCGUUGUCAGGUUAGAAGAAAAGCAAAAUCUCUUAGACAUUUCCAACAAAUUGAAAACGAAGAGUGGGACUCGGAAUAAUCGCGAGACAUGUUCGCGAGAGCAUCGGAGUAGCCAAUCGGAGGAGAAUCGCACGACGACGUAUGUCACAAUAUCCUAGAGUAGUAGAGGACGUUUUACAGUCGUGGGGGUAAUUAAACGCACUCUGUUCUUAAUAGAUAAAUUGUACAUUAUACAUUUGAUGUUUGCCUCCGAGGAAAAUACUGAGUUUUUCUUCUCCCGAAAGUCUCAAUCGAGUUUUUAAGGGAAAGCAAAACUCGCUAUUCCCGAGUAAAAAUACAUGCAUUUAGUGUUUUGUUAUAUAGUAACGACGAAUACAACAGAAAAAGAAUGGACAAUACAUUAGGCUAUAUAACAAUAGUGAUUCGUCCUGGUAAUUUAAGUAUUUAUAAAAUUGGAUCCCUUUUGUGUAUAUACAGUAACUGGGUUUUUAAAUUGGAUUAAAAGCUGGAUCUUUC